AUGAAGAAGGUUCCCAGAGAUGCUGAACCUGAGGAAGCCGAGAAGAAAGAUCCUAGGGACCCAAGAUGUUAUGAAUGCUCAGGGUUUGGGAAUAUCCGAGCCAAUUGUGGGAAUCUCCGGCAAGAGAGCUUAGUUUUCAAGUUUUAUGAAGCAUGUUUAGAGGCAUUCGAGAAGCUUCACUCUCUAUUAUCCUCAGCUCCGAUUAUGAAGACUCCCAAUUGGUCUCUCCCUUUUGAGAUCAUGUGUGAUGCAUCCGACUAUGCAGUGGGUGCUGUUUUAGGUCAACGCGAGGACAAGCUCCCUCACGCGAUAUAUUAUGCUAGUAAGACUCUAUUAGAAGCACAAGCAAAUUAUACCACCACAGAGGAGUUACUAGCAGUUGUUUUCGCCUUGGACAAAUUCCGCUCUUAUCUUUUAGGGUCCAAGGUGAUUGUAUACUUUGAUCAUGCCGCGUUGAGGCAUUUAAUGGCCAAAAAGGAAACGAAACCCCGUUUGAUUCGAUGGAUACUUUUAUUACAAGAGUUUGAUUUAAAGAUACGGGACAAGAAAGAAUCUGAUAAUGUUGUAGCUGACCAUCUUUCUCGUAUAUUUCUUGAGUCCUUUCUCAUCCCAGUAAGGUCCCUUCGUAUUGGUCUAAGCAAGCUAAGGACCAUUUCUUCAAGCAGAUCCGAUCCAAUUUUUGGGAGGAUCCUGAACUUUUCAAGUACUGUGCUGAUCAGAUUACUCGCCGUUGUGUACCUCAAGUGUGCGGUGGACUAUGUUUCAAAAUGGAUAGAGGAUGUGGCAACCAAAACCAAUGAUCAUAAAGUUGUUGUGAAGUUCAUUCGGACAAAUAUUUUUAGUAGAUUUGGUAUGCCUCGAGCAAUUAUCAAUGACGGAGGAACACAUUUUUGUAAUAGAUUCAUAAAAACAUUACUUGGCAAAUACUCUGUCACUCAUAAAGUUGCCACACCCUACCAUCCUCAGACAAGUGGCCAGGUGGAAUUAUCUAAUAGGGAGAUAAAGAGAAUUUUAGAGAAAACGGUUCGGCCGGAUCGCAAGGAUUGGUCCUUGCGCCUCAAUGAUGCAUUAUGGGCCUACCGUAUAGCUUUCAAGACACCAAUUGGCAUGUCGCCAUAUCGGCUAGUUUAUGGCAAGGCAUGCCAUCUCCCUGUUGAGUUAGAGCACAAGGUUUGGUGGGCAAUCAAGACCUAUAAUUUUGAUAUGAAAUUUGCAGGGUCCCACAGAAGGUUACAAUUGAGCGAGCUUGAAGAGCUACGCAAUGAUGCUUACGAAAGUGCUCGGAUGUACAAGGAAAGAACAAAAGCAUUUCAUGAUAAACACAUUAGGCCGAAGACUUUCAUUCCAGAUCAAAACGUAUGGCUUUACAAUUCUAGACUUAGCCUGUUUCCUGGUAAACUCCGUUUGCGAUGGGAUGGGCCCUUUAUAGUCACAUUUGUAUCCCCUCACGGAGGGGUUGAGUUAAAGGAUCCCAAAACUAGCCAAUUUUUUAAGGUUAACGGUCAGAGAUUAAAAUCCUACAUUCAGGGCAUUGAGCAUAACGAAGAUGUGGAAUCCGUUGAUCUAACAGAUCCCAUCUACUUUUGA